GCUUGCGUUUCCUCACAGCUUUGUCUUGAAGACAGAACGAUGCCAAAGAAAGCAAAGCCUGCAGGGAACGAGAAGAAAGAGGGGCCUCUUCCCUAUAAGCAGGCAAAGGUGGAAGCAGUUGGUGGGCCUUCCACUUUAAACUUUGACAGCCCCAGUGAUCUCUUUGAAAGCUUAAUCUCACCCAUCAAGAUAGAGACUUUUUUCAAGGAAUUCUGGGAGCAGAAGCCCCUUCUCAUUCAGAGAGAUGAUCCUUCACUGGCCACAUAUUACCAGUCCCUGUUCAGGCUAACAGAUCUGAAGAGUCUGUGCAGCCAGGGUAUGUACUACGGAAGAGAUGUGAAUGUCUGCCGGUGUGUCAAUGGGAAGAAGAAGGUUUUAAAUAAAGAUGGCAAAGCACACUUUCUUCAGCUGAGAAAAGAUUUUGAUCAGAAAAGGGCAACAAUUCAAUUUCACCAACCUCAGAGAUUUAAGGAUGAGCUUUGGAGGAUCCAGGAGAAGCUGGAAUGUUAUUUUGGCUCCUUGGUUGGCUCAAAUGUAUACAUAACCCCAGCAGGAUCUCAGGGCCUGCCGCCCCAUUACGAUGAUGUCGAGGUUUUCAUCCUUCAGCUGGAGGGAGAGAAACACUGGCGCCUCUACCACCCCACCGUGCCCCUGGCACGGGAGUAUAGCGUGGAGGCCGAGGACAGGAUCGGCAGGCCAACACACGAGUUCACAUUGAAGCCAGGUGAUUUGUUGUACUUUCCCAGAGGAACCAUUCAUCAAGCGGACACUCCUCCGGGACUGGCCCACUCUACUCACGUGACCAUCAGCACCUACCAGAACAACUCAUGGGGAGAUUUCCUUUUGGACACCAUUUCGGGGCUUGUGUUUGAUACUGCAAAGGAAGACGUGGAGUUCCGGGCUGGCAUACCCCGGCAGCUGCUCCUGCAGGAAGAAACUACAACUGUUGCAACAAGAAGAUUGAGUGGCUUUCUGAGGACGCUUGCAGACCGGCUAGAGGGCACCAAACAACUGCUUUCAUCAGAUAUGAAGAAGGAUUUUGUUAUACACAGACUCCCCCCAUACUAUGUGGGAGAUGGAGCAGAGCUAUCUACACCAGGUGGAAAGUUACCAAGGUUGGACAGCAUAGUGAGACUGCAGUUUAAAGAUCACAUCGUCCUCACGGUAGGGCUGGAUCAGGAUCGAACUGAUGAAAUGCAAGAAAAGAUGGUUUACAUCUAUCAUUCCUUAAAGAACAGGAGAGAGAGACAUAUGAUGGGAAACGAGGAGGAAACAGAGUCUCAUGGACUUCGCUUUCCUUUCUCACAUAUGGAUGCACUGCAGCAAAUUUGGAACAGUUCGGCUAUUUCUGUCAAGGACCUGAAACUUACUACAGACGAGGAAAAGGAAAGCUUGGUAUUAUCCCUCUGGACAGAAUGUUUAAUUCAAGUAAUCUAGUGCCUUUGCAGAAUCAAAUAUCUACUAUUUUGUGUGCACAUGUUAAGAGAAAAGUGAAGAUUUAAGUGUUCGGUAGCCCCUCUUGUUUUGAGUCAAUGUACUGGGUAGGAGGAAUAGCUACACACAUAAACCAAGGAAAAUUCAAAGUUCCUUACCUGUAUAUCCACUAACAUGAGACUCACCUGUUAUAGGGUCCAUAUAUACUAACAGGAAGAAAGAACGGCAUACCACUAAGUAUCCCAAAAAGUGACCACCCCAUACUUUUAACAAGUUUAUUUAAUUCAGUGUGGUAGGAAAGGCACAAACUCCAAUAAAUCAUUUAGAAUUAAA